AUGUCUGAAAUAGCGCAACUAUCAGGGGCCAUCGAUCGCCAGCGCUCUUUGAUCGCUGGUCAGCCUGAACAUCGCGAUGUGCACGGAAGUCGACCCGCUCGUGCAGCUCAAGUUCGCGGUCGUGGCCGUGCUCGAGGACGUGGUCUUGGCUAUGGGUCGAUCCCAAGACACCGUUCGCUCGUGCUUUCGCGCGAUCCCAAGGACGAAUGGGUGCAUCGGCGAUCGAAGAAGAGCAUGACACUCGUGAAUUCAGCCGUCUAUGAGCCUCCCAAAGAACAUCGUUUCCGCGCAGAAGCGCCUAGUAUGCAUCGUGGUCAUCGGAGUGAAGUUGUUGUAGAUGGCGUGCCAUUUGUAUUUGAUGAAUCUGGUACGAAGCUGGUGAAGAAGAGCACCCUGGGCGCCAAUGCAUCAUCAAGCGUAAUGGUCACGCCCACGGCGGCAUCAGCAGCUACUGGGGAAUCAGCUGACACGAGCGCCUCAGUAGCUCAAGCGCCACCUCCAACACCUACCAUCCCGCGUCAGACUUCCAUCAAUGGCCAGGCCUUUGUGCGCACGAAGAACGGCAAUCUUAUCAACAAGGCACUCGUCCUCGAACGGCGCGAGGCUCGCGCUCGGCAAGAACGCAUGCAGCGCCUAGCGAAGCUGGGUCGAAAACUAGGUCAUGCACACAAACAACAGCGUGCAUUAGAGCGCGCCAAAACACCCCAGCUAUGUACAUACUACACACGCACAGGGACAUGUCGUCGAGGAACGCAGUGUCCCUUUAUCCAUGACGAUCAACGGAAAGCGCUGUGCCCAGGCGUACUCAAGCCGUCGGGCUGUGUUUUACCGCCAGGAACAUGUCUUUUAUCCCACACUCGUUGUCCGCAGAAUGUACCACACUGUGUACAUUUUCUGCGCCUUCACUCAUGCAGAAAUGGCGACGCUUGCGCUUUUACACAUGCGCAGGUCGCACAUGAUGCACCUGUAUGCCGUGCAUUUGCGCUUUUGGGCUGGUGUGACCAAGGUGAUAAGUGUUUGCAUCGGCACGCGAAAGAAUGUCCAGACUUCACGGCCAAAGGCACAUGCACGGAUCCAGCAUGCCGCCUAGCACACGUCUCGAUCCCCCCACGACUUGAGCCAUCAGCAUCGUCCAUUGAUACCCCUUUGUUUGUUCGUGAUGAUGCUGGCGCAGAGGAAGAGCGUUACUUCGAUGGCGAUCACAAUGAAGAGGAUAACACCGAACAUCUGAAUGCACUAUACGUUGGUGAUGAACUGGGCGAUACUGAUGCUGCGUCAGCCCAACAGCCAUUUUCUCAACAACGUGAUUUCAUUGGGCUUGACGACAUGGACUUUUCUGACGUGUCAGAAACUAGUUCUGAUAAUGUCAUCGCAGAGGAGCAUGGUAGUGGCCGUGAACAAGACGAAGAUGAUGAUGGCGGGGACGACGACGAGGACGACGAAGAAGAUGGUGAAACUGAACGUGAUGAUGCCGAAGUUGAUGAAUUCUUGGGCAUGAAAUAG